GGCAGUUUGUUGCUCCUCUCUAGAUAAAACAUGGAGGUGGCACCCGGUGUCCAGGAAGCUAAUAGCCGUGCAGCAUCGCUGUUGGCAAGUCUGAACUUCCAAAGAGGACAAGCUCAAUUUUGUGACUGUGUGGUCAGACAGAGACAGAACCUGAGUCAACUUCACCCUGCACACAGGUGUGUCCUGGCAGCUGCUAGUCCAGUGUUGGCAUCUAUCUUGUCCUCUUCUGGUGCCCUGGUGGAACUGCAGGCUCCAUGUCUGUCUGACUCUGUACUUGCACUUCUUUUGGAUUACAUUUACACAGGUGCUUUACCAUACACUCGCAGCCAGCACCAGUAUUAUAAUUUACUUGCUGCCGCCUGCCACUUGCAGAUGAAUGAACUGCAGGAGGCUCUGAAGACUUGGCACCAGACUGCAGAUGAAACAAAUGCUUCUGCUGUAGCUAAGAAUCAGUCAUAUAAAGACAUUAACAAUACUUAUACUGAAACUGUGAAGACUUUUAGUAAGCAUCUGCCAUUAUCACUGGAGAGAAAUGAUCAUCAGUAUACACAUGAGGAGAGGAGGAGCUUGACUUUAUUGUGCACUGCUGAGGUUCAAGAGGAAGAGAUGAGCGGAGCAGAGAAGAAGCAGCCCCUGUGUUUAUCUGUGAAAACUAAAGCAGAAGAGAAGGAAACUAAUAGAAAAGAAGAAGACAAGACUCAGACCCAUCUCUCUACCCUUCUUUGUCUCUCGGCCUCCCACCUUAAGGAAAAUGUUCCCCCCUCACAGUGUUCCUCCUCAUCCUCUUCCUCAGCCCCGCAUCUGUGCUGUGGAGCAGUGCCUGUCAUCCGUCACAGUAGUAGAGCAGCUAUACUCCAUCUGGAAGAAGUGUCUCCUCCUCACCAUCCAGUGUCCCAGCCCUCAUGUAGCUCCAACACGGCACCUGACUCACUAUCAGGAAGCACAGACAGUGACAGCAUUGUUGAAGGACUCAAACACAGGAAGUGA